AACACUGCAAGAAGACAGGAAGUGACGUAAUCACCGUGUGCGACCUUGCAAAGCAGGACGUAAAAUAAAACAAAUAGGACACUUAAAUGUUAUUACAGCGGCACUUAGACGUGAUGUUCUAAUUGUUCUAGCAUUUCUACCAGGUUUAAGACGAUGAUCUCUCUCAUCAAGGCUGCUGUGGGCAGCGUGACCGCCGCCUGCGCCCACGGCCACCAAACCGGUCUUCUGCACAGUCAGAUAAAAGUUCUAACCGCUGGACUGAAGACAUUUGGAAUCCCUCCAGACUACAGUGACGUGGUUCUGCCAGAAAAAGUCAAACUGAAGUUUUUGAACAAGGUGCCCAAUUUAAAAAAGGUUAAGAGGGAGAUGAAGAAACUCCGGGACAUUCGAGGCCCGGCUCCAACUGCAAAUAGCUUCACAACUGGACAGUAUGCAAUAGUGGCAAUGGGAGGAGGCUACCUCCACUGGGGUCACAUGGAGAUGAUGCGUCUCACCAUCAACCGCAAGAUGGAUCCCCGCACCACGUUCGCUCGCUGGCGCAUCAAUGCUCCUUAUAAGCCCAUCACGCGCAAAGGGCUGGGUCAGCGCAUGGGCGGCGGCAAGGGGGCCAUCGACCAUUAUGUUACGCCUGUCCGCUUUGGUCGCCUCAUUGUGGAAGUGGGAGGAAAAGUGGAGCUAGCUGAAGUGGAGCAUAUUUUGACCCAAGUAGCGAAGAAACUUCCCUUUCCUGCUAAGGUGAUGAGUAAAGAAAGCCUAGAAGCCUUUCAUCAGGCCCAAGCCGAUAUGAAGGAGAACAACCAGAACCCGUGGACCUUCGAGAAGAUUGCCCUAGGAAACAUGCUUGGUAGCAGAAAGGUCCUCAGCUCGUUUGACCUAAGAUAUCAUGGACGUUUCGCAGGCAAAUUUUACAUCCCAGGAAGGGUAUGACAAACCCCGAAUGCCGUAUGUGAACUUCGCUGAAGUUUCAAGGACCUUGACUUCAAAAUGACUUUUGCAAGACUCUUCCUUUUUUCAUUUGUAUAUGUUCAUUUUCUUGGUCUGAUCCUAUCAAAUUCCUUUGAUUUUGUAUCAUCAAUAAAAUCACACAGUCAGAGUUGAAUAAA